CCAAAAAAAACUUUUUUUAAAUAAGAGAUUUUUUUUCCCUUAUCAUAGAUUACCUUUGUAUGUAGAUGGUUGUCCUUCUCAGUCUGAAGUUCUGGCUUGUUGCUGUUUUAAAAUGACAUUUUAUAGAAAUUACAUAACAGUGUUAUUUUUUGUUACUUAUAGUUAUUUUGCUUGUUUUAUUAUAAUUUAGAAUUUUUUGUUUCAUUUAUUAUGAUGUUUGCAUUACAUUAAAAAUUAGUAUUUUAAAGCAGACUUGUAUGAGAUGAGCUUAUUUGCAAAACUUUAUAUUGUUAUUGGAAUUGUCAUCGUUGUUGGAAGCCCUGAUGAUGGUUUUUGCACCAAAGAUGAUUGUAGUACAACUAAUUUAUCUAAAUCUAGCAACAUUGCUCGUAAAUUUUCUGACUUCAAAAAUCUUCCACCCUUAAAUGAUAAGAUCUAUUUAAUCAAGGAAACUGAAAUGCCACAGAUACUUUGGUGGUAUUCUGAUUCCAUAUAUCCUCAUUCAUAUGAAAAUCAAAUAAAAUGCAAACUUGGAUCUUGUUCAGUUACAAAAGAUCGUAAACAACUAAAGAACAGUUUGACUAGAGGAAUUAUAUUUUAUGGUACAUCUUUUGAUGCUAGAGACUUACCUUUGCCUAGACUACCACAUCAUGAAUGGGCAUUAUUCCAUGAAGAAUCUCCAAAAAACAAGUGGAUGUAUUCUACUAAAUUGGGUAUAAGCUUGUUUAAUCAUACCGCUACAUUCAAGCGGGAAUCAGAUUAUCCGUUAUCUACUCAAUGUUUAAAAGAUACAGAUGAAUGGCUUGAUAAGAAAUUUUUUGUUGAAACAAAAGAAAAGAACAGGUUACAAAAAGAAUUAGGUCUUGCUCCAGUUGUGUAUUUUCAACGUGACUGCGAUCCUCCUUCUGAUCGAGAUACUUACGUAAAAGAGCUAAUGAAGUAUAUAGCAAUUGACUCCUAUGGGCCUUGCUUGAAUAACAAAAAGCCGCCGGAUGAAAUUAACGGUUUCCACCAUUUAUCAAGCGAUUCCUACUACCAUUUCUUAGCCCGUUAUAAAUUUCAGUUGGCGUUUGAAAACUGUCUGUGUCAAGAUUACAUGACAGAAAAACUGUUUCGACCUCUACAUAUUGGAUCAGUUCCCGUGUAUUUAGGUUCUCCUUUAGCUGAAGAAUUCAUGCCUAGUGAAAAAGCUGUCAUCAUGGUUGAAGAUUUUGAUUCUCCACGGAAACUGGCGGAAUAUUUAAAAAAGCUUAAUGCAAAUGAUGAAAGUUAUGAUGAAUAUUUGAAACAUCGGUACACUGGCAAAUUCUCAAACCCAAAACUUGAAAUUUCAUUGAAGCUUCAAAAAUGGUCGUUGCCGAACAAAUAUCAAAAACCAAACUUUGGUUACUUCAUGUUUUCUGGAUUUUCUUGUCAUGUUUGUGACAAAUUGCACGAACGAAACGACCUUUUACGUAAGCAUUUAGAAAAUCCAGCUAACAGGAUUUUGCCUCCAAGAGUAGCCAGUCAUGAUCACAUGGGUUGUCCUGAGCCUAGACCUAUACUAGCUAAUUCAAAAAGAAAUACAUAUGGAAAAUUAGCUUUUGAAGACGGUCAAAAAGAAGCAGAAGCAUUAUUACAAAUGAUUCGGGAAAAUGAAACUGAUUCUACAAUUUAUAGUUCAAAAUAUUUGAAAAUCAAAACUCAAAGUUAUUUUUAAAACGUUUUUUUAGCAAUUUUAGUAAGAUUAUGACAGAUGGACUGCUUAAUAUUGUUUAUAAAAUUAAAAAAAAUUUUAAUUUUAAAUUAUUUAUCAUAAAUUAUUUAUUAUAACUAUUUAUACAGUUGCCGGAUAUUAUUGUUAUUUUCUUUUUAGACGUGUGUUAUGUGCUUAAGAUAUGUUUAUAAAAAAAUAGAAGUGCUAUUUUGAGAA